AUGGAUAAUCCUCCAAGUUUUAGUUUAGGAAUCACUCAGUUAGAUGCGACUGUACAAGAUAUUCCACUUGGAUUUGUUCCUGCUACAUUUGAUGAACAGGAUUCUGAUUGGGCAGAGAAUCGCUCAAAGCACAAAAACGACCCCGUUACAAUGAAAAAAUUGAAGGAUAAGACUGCUUCUAAAUCAAAGAAGUCUGCUUCAAAAGCAAGUAAAAAAAAAUUUGAUGAUUCCGGCCGACCACGUCUGUCGAAGGGCAUGAAUUACCGAAUUGAUAAAGUCCCACCACACUCAUUGCAUAUGGAGAGUUUAUGUAAUUGUGCUUUCGGUGAAGAGAUAAAGGAAUAUUUUGGAGAGGAUGUACUGGGAGCAUUUAGAAAUACGAUUUUUGGCAUAUUUUUGGAUUUGCCAUGGUGCAACUGGAUAGGACAGAUUUCUAAAUGCCUACUCAUGCUUGAAAUUCAACAGGAUAACAAGGAUGAGCUUCAUGUUUGGGUACAAGGGGAAAUCCUCAAAUUUACAAUGCUUGAAUUUGCCAUUAUAACCGGUCUGAAGUGUACCGAUAAUAUUGAUGAUUAUAUGUAUACUUCAUCAUCUAAAUCAGUGUUGAUAUCGAGGUAUUUUCCUGACAAUAAAGGAGCAAUAACUCGGUCAAACCUGAUAACACGUGUCCAGGUGGGAAACUUUGAUAAUGCUGAAGAUGCUAUGAACCUGGCGAUAUUGUUCUUUGUUCAUACAUUCAUGUUUUCUCAGCAUAAGGAAGCACCAAUCAGUGUUGCACACUUUCAGAUUGUUGAGAACGGUUGGUACAUUAACUUUCCAUGGGGGAAGGUCACAUUUGUAAAGUUAAUGAGUUCCUGGCAGCAGGAUUUCAACACUGCGAAGCAGUUAUAUUCAUUGGGUGGAAUGCCGCACAUUCUAAAUGUUUGGAUGUUUGAGUGCUGCUCUGAUCAUUCUUAUAAGAAUAUACAACCUACAACCGAUGAAGUUAGCAGGUUGGAUUUGUCCUUUUCAAAAGAUUUUGAGACAUGUGAUCCAACAACUAAUGCUUCGACAUCCGAUUCUGGAAAGUUGAAAAGGACAACAGUUGAACUCCAACAACGUGUUGACACCAUUGCUGAAGAAUUUAGUGAUUUCAGCACUAUACCGCCGCGAGAAAUUCUCAUAAAGGCGGGUUUUAUAUCGUCUGUAUCACCUGACCAACCUUUGAAGAAAAGAAAGACUGUCAUGUUCGAGCAAGAUCAUCAAACGGUGAUGGAUGAUGAUACAUCUGGACGUGGUCAUGUAGUACAUCAUAGGUCUGAUUUGUAUUGUGAAAUGCAAAAGAAUGCAGCAGACAAGGGAGAAAUUGGUGUGUCUGAAAUUCAACAUCAUCAUCAUGGAGAAAUUGGUGUGUCUCCUCAGAGUCACCAGCACAAGUCUGUUCCUUCAUCUUCUAAAGAGCAUGAAGGGACUUCUAAAUCAAGUUUAGAUGGUGAUGAAAUAAAGAAUUACAUCAACAAAUGUGAGGACAAAAUUCAUGAACAACAACAAAGUCAAGAAGACGGAUCCAACAAACAGGAGAGGUCACAUAAUGAGGAUAUGCAGGGAUCAAUCAACGAUAUGGAAGUGUCUCGUGAUGAAAAAUCUAAUAAGCAUCACAUUCUUGAAGAGCAACAGUUGCUGGAUGAGAUUAUGACAUAUGAAGAAGAAUGUAGCGAUGAAGAAUUGAGAAAAAAGAACAUUCCAGAUGUGGAAGAUUUGUCGGAUGAAGUUGGUGGGACAAUAACUGAUUCAAUACAAGCAGCUGUAGAUACAAUUUUAUUUGGUCCGUCAACACCUUCGACUACAAAGUCAAUGGAUGUUGGUGCUUCAAGUAAAAUGAUCAAAAGACACUGGGACCUUUCAAACAGUCAGAUUCCACCUGACUUCCCUGAUGCUCAGGUUCGGGAGCUUCAAGCCUCAAAAGCGAAUACACCUGCCAAACAAGAAAGAAAGAAGUCCAUGAUUUUAAGGUCACUAUACAUUUCAAAAUAUGGUUCUAGCUCUAAAGAUUCUGUUGAUUUUAAUAAAGAAGAGAAGCUGAAGCAUGCUUUUGAUAGGUACACCAUCAACCAAGAUUUGCCGAACAAAUUGAUGAUUGAUUACUCUCAGUUGAUUGUCGUAGGAUUACUGAAAAUUCAUUCUGCCAAGAAAGAGAUGAACAAUCACUAUCGAUAUUUAGAUGUGAUUUUCUACCACUUGAGAAAGAAAUCAAAGAUUCAGUUGGGUGAUAACUAUAGAUAUACGACUACAAGCUGCUUCUUUAAAUCAUAUGUUGAGAAGACACAUACUCGUUAUUAUCCAGCGAAACCGACAGUUGAGCUAUCGACGCAACAAGACUAUGUAGAAUCAAUUGUGGUGGCUAAGAAUGGAGAUUCUAUUACUAAUAUAAUUCAUGGAUUUUGUAUGCCUGCUGGAUUACCAUGGUAUAUGAUUGAUGAGGUAUAUGUUCCAAUUAACUGCGGUAAAGAAUUUCAUUGGGUAUUGGCUGUGAUUGUCUUGAAGAAAAGAUUGAUACGUGUGUAUGACUCACUGACAAGUAAAAGGAAAAAAGAACCUCAUAUUAAAAUACAAAAGCUUGUAGUUAUGCUUCGUACUUACUUGUCAGAAAAUGAUUUUUAUGAUAAGACCGAACGAACUAACUGGCCAUCACUUGAAGAGUACAAAGGGAAGAUUACUCAGCAAACUGGUCUUGUAAAUGAAAUUCCAUUUGAUGUUGAUUAUGUGCAAAAUAUCCCACAACAAUCGUCUGAUAGUUUUCAACCUGCAUGCUAUGCUUCCUUACUGUGGCAUUACGAAGUGAAAAAGGCAAAUGAAGGGUACACAAGUGAUAAUGGAGAUCCGCCUCGACCAAAGAAAAGUGUAAUCGAAGAAAUUGAAGCAAGUGUAAUUGUUACUUUAGAGUAG